GUACUGUUUUAGUUACUGCCCACCCCAAUUGGGCCCAAAGGCCCGAACUUCCGGAAAGAAGAUUCACUUCAAAAAUAUCAAAUUUAGUUUAGAGUGCAUCAUAUUGUUGUAAAUAGAACUAACAGACAAAAUCAAAGCAAUGUCCGAGUACGACAAGGUCCGUAUCGGGAAGCUCGUUCUGAAGGGGGAGAAACCAAAGUCAAAGAAGCGUAAACACAAGAAACAAGACAAGCAAGAUAUAGCAAAAAACGUUCAGGAUAAUGACGCUGUACUUCACGGAGGCUGGUGGAAGGCAAAGUCUGUCUCUGAGAUAAGUGGGACGGUUGCUAUUGAAUUUGGUAAUUCAUGUUACGUAAAAGCUCUGGAUAAUGGAUUAUUUACUUUGGGUGGACCUCACAAUGAUGGAGAAGGUCCAUUGCCAGAAGAGAUUCUGACUGCAUUUCCUGUUAACGAAACUAAGAUAGCUCUGAAAUCUGGCUAUGGCAAAUACCUCGGCGUUGAUAAAAAAGGCACCGUUAUUGGCAGAAGUGAUGCUGUUGGAGCUAUGGAACAAUGGGAACCAAUCUUUCAAGAUGGCAAAUUGGCUUUGCUGAGUAACAUCGGUUGUUUCAUGUCCGUGGCAAAUGACGACGAUGAUAUAAUAUGCGAAAGAACAACAGCUGGGCCUGCCGAGAUUCUGACUAUACGUAGUUUGUCCCAGCGUAUGGAGGAUUCGAGCAAAGAUGUUCCGACAGAAGAGCGAGGUUCUCUAGCAGAAGUUGAAAUAAAUUACGUGCGGAAGUUCCAAAAGUUUCAAGACAAAAAACUGAGGGUAAAUGUGGAGAAUCACACUCAGCUAGAGCAGGCUAAGAACGAAGGAACUCUUCACGAAGCACUGCUCGACCGUCGAAGUAAAAUGAAAGCUGAUCGGUACUGUAAAUAAUUUCAUAUAAGUACCAUUGCUCAUUCUUAUUCCAGUUAUGUUUUAUAAAACACUUCCCGAUAAAUUGACCAAAACGUUGCCAUAGUUUAUUUAUCAUCUUCACCAACUUUGAACUCCAUCACGUUGUGUAGAAUACUAUCUCACAAACAGUCGGAGGGAAAGAUUUGAUGGUUACGGGAAAAGGGUGAAGCUAAUUCUAGCGAGUGACAGAUAUUAUGAUAAAAAUUGUCAAUUUUCAAAUCGUCUAAAGCAUAAUGAAAAUUUCUUUAUUUUCCAACUGAACCAAAUCCUGAAUCAUGAUCUCGGAUCAGGCCUUUGUAAUCAAAAAAUAUGAAGUUAUAUCGACGAUCGUUGAAUAGCGCUAUGUGAAAACAGUUUUGUGACACAAAAAAAAGAAACAAAAAUUCGCACGUAACAACUUUCUAUGAUUUUUUUUUUUUUUAAAUU